ACUGUUCAGACAGACUGUCCAUUUUACAUCUGUCUUCUGUUUACUCAUCACUCAGGAUUUUUUGUGGCCUCUAAAAUCAGCAGGCCAGGCGUGUGAGGAGAAUUUGGACGGCAGAGGAAACCUGAGGAGCUGCUGCAAAGGAAAAUCCCUUAAGACCUCAAGUGUCAAGUCAUUGCCGAGGCAUUUGACAGAGUUGGCACGUAACUCAGUGUGGAAACACUGAAAUCCAGUACCAUGGGAAAUACCACAAGCAGCGCUCUAUCAAAGGAGAUCCUGGAGGACCUGAAGCUCAGCACCAAGUUCACUGAGACCGAGAUUUGCCAGUGGUACGAGAACUUCCAGAAGCAGUGCCCAAAUGGACGCAUCAGUCCAGAGGAAUUUGAGCAGAUCUAUAGCCGCUUCUUCCCAGACAGUGAUGCCAAGAGCUACGCACAGCAUGUGUUUCGCUCCUUUGACACCAAUGACGAUGGGACAUUGGACUUCAAGGAGUACAUCAUUGCGCUGCACAUGACCUCCACAGGGAAGACAACGAGGAAGCUGGAGUGGGCCUUCUCGCUGUUUGAUGUGGACAAGAAUGGAUACAUAACUAAGGCAGAAGUGACAGAGAUCUGCCAGGCUAUAUUUAAGCUGAUCCCCAAGGAGGAGCAGAACAGGCUACCAGAGGAUGAGAAUACACCCGAGAAGAGAGCCAACAAGCUGUGGUCUUUCUUUGAAAAGAAAGACAAUGAGCGAUUGGCUGAAGGAGAGUUCAUUCAAGGGGUAAUUGAAAAUGAAAAUGCUAUGCGUCUUAUCCACUAUGGACCUAUCAAUACCAAACAAUGAAGUCAUACCCUUUGAUCCCCUCGUCUCUUUUCUACCUUUAGAUUCUUCCCAUGCUCUCUACUUUUCUUGUCUCUCUCUCCCUCUCAGCCUCAUAUGUUUUCUCCUCCCUCUGUGUAAAUACUCUUUUUGUUGCAGUGACUUUGUUAUAACUGUACCUUUUAAGUAAGUUUUCUUUAUGUUACAUAAUCUUACUAAUGUUUGUUAAUACAUUCAUGUUAAAUCGAGGCAUAUGUAUUAAACAUUUGUACAGCCAGGAAGCAGAUAGUAACAAGAUUGUAUUGGUCACUAGGAAAGUGCAUUUUCUGAAGAAAAUGUGUGUGAUUGUGUGCAUGAAAUUAUUGCUUGUUAACAAUUAAAAGUAUAAAUGCUAGAAGGAGUUAGGCAACAAGUUGUGUUAACCAUCUGUGUAAUCACAGACUUAGCACUCACACAGCUGGUCGGAUGGUGGGGAAUGUAAAAAUGUAAAAUCUAUAUAAUCUCUGAAUAUGUUAUUUUUUAACUGUGCUUCUGUUGGAGAGCUUUUCACAACCUAAAUGUGAUGCUGACACUGGAGAGAAGAUAUAAGUAUUAUUCCCCAUUGGCAGCUGGUUGUAGCUUCAGAUUUUUGACAGUUCUGAGAUUAACUUGUUGGU